GUAUUUGUGAGAAAAUGGCAGACGUCUCUUUGGAUGAAGUGAUACGACAGCGCGGUAUUAAUCUCAAGGCACCAGCUAAACGACCAAUGUUCGGACGGGGAGCAGGAGGAGUUGGCAAGAGCUUUGACGCUCGACAAAAGAUUGGGGCCAAUGACGUCAGACAACGGCUCGGAGCAGGUUUUCAAGUGAAAGAUGCCAGAGAGAAGCUGGUUCAGAAGGACGCUCGCUUCAAAAUCCGGGGCAGAGGAGGAGGAGGAGGAGGAGGUGGAGGCGGCGGUGGAGGCGGUGGAGUGCAGGAUGCUCGACAGAUGAUCAACUCGCGCAAGCAGGUGCAGAAUCCAUUCGGCCUCCCGGCACAGACCGCGCAACCGAUGGCGGCAACGCACCACCUGCAGAGCCACACACUCGUGCCACAGAUACAGAUACACGCCAACAACAACAACGACGACAAUCUCGCCGCCGUGAACAUGAGGCAGUUUAACCCUCAUGUACAAGGACUGAGUGCGAGGGCCAGCGCGGCGCCACAGGUAAUCAAUAAUAAGAGAGUGAUGGAUGCUCGUGAUAGACUGAGCCUCAAGAGGAGCUUCGGAGGGACACAGACACAGUCGGGUGUUGCACCACCCUUAAAAAUCACCAAGACUAUACAGCAACGUCCAGUAGCAGUAGGGAUGUCCGGUGGACUACGUGCUGCCCCACAGCCUCUCUCAAACGAGCACGAUGGCUUCCACAGUAAACAAAUGAAGAUCACUACAGCUAAUAACAUGCUACAAUCACGGCCCGGUUCAUUGGGCUCCACAUUCUCUAUGUCAGGCCCAAGCUCCACAUUCUCUAUGUCAGGCCCGAUCACCAAGGUGGUUAAAAACGAUGCCUACACGGCCCCCCGUCCUCCUGUCCCCGUGGCCCCCACCCGGCCCAACCCCAGCAUGGCUGCUACCCGGUCCUCCGCUGCAGCCUUACAACCGGUCUCCAGGACUCUCCAGCAAAGCACGGCAGCAGCCGGCACAGCAGCUCCUGCUCCCCCUCAGCCUGCUUUCAGUCCCUUGGAGGGGACAAAAAUCACGGUGAACAACCUGCACCCCCGAGUCACUGAGGAGGACAUAGUUGAACUGUUCUGUGUGUGCGGGGCCUUGAAGCGAGCGCGGCUGGUGAAGGUGGGCGUGGCCGAAGUGGUGUUUGUGCGUAAAGAGGACGCCGUGAGCGCAUACAGGAAGUACAACAACCGCUGCCUGGACGGGCAACCCAUGAAGUGUAACCUUCAUAUUCAGGGAAAUGUCAUCACUUCGGAUCAGCCCAUUCUAUUGAGGCUCAGUGACACUCCAGGAGCAAGCAGCGGCACAAAGAAAGACGGCCUGCCCCCCUCCUUGUCUCGCCCCGCCGGUCAGCGAGCCUCCUCUCAGCCCACCCCAGAGGUGGACCCUCAGACCAUCCUCAAGGCUUUGUUCAAGUCCACCGCACAGUCCACCUCCACCGCGGAGCCCCCCAGCUCACAGGCCACUGCCUUUCGCAUCAAGAUAUAGCUCGUGUCCAGUGUGAAUGUCUCGUUUAUAAAAAACAUAUAUUGCUCCAUUCUCCGUGUUUCACGUACAAACCGCGUGUUUUCAUCUCGACAGCCGGCAGCCCACAUUGUCUCAUAUGAAAGAGAUUUUUACACAUUUGAUAUACAUGACUCCUCUGACCGGGACGAAUCGUGUUCUUGGUUUUUGUGGCAUCCAAAUGUUACCAGUGUGUUCUAGAUAUGGGCGAGUGGACGAAAGUGUGAUGUGAUUUGUUGUUUUAAUCCAACGUGGUGGCGGAUGCCAAAUCAAACUGGAUGUGUAGGGUUUUCUUUCAUUUUUUUUGUCAAUUCAGUGGAAAUGUUGAGGUUUUUUUUAAAUACUCACGUUUAUCUCCACCCACCUGUGUCCCCCUCAAACUAGGCAUGGAAAUGAGCCUGAUACUCAGCAGCAUUGUCAUUAUGAGAGAAACAUUGUGUUUAAGGCUCUGUAGAUCCACAGAUGUGUGCAGUUAUGUUGUCUAUUGCCGCCUCCUCACGUUUUCUGUGUGCACACAGACCAUAGAAAUACAAUGGAAUGUAGACAAACUAAAAGUAGAAGAAACAGCAUACAGUAGAUACUACGUCUCUCUGAUAAGGCAUGACAAUGACGCUGUCUUGGGUGACUAAAUCAGGGAUUGACUGAAACUAUAAUACCACAGUUUUCCAUAAACCACUUUUCAAGCAGUCAUUCUACGUUGAUGUUUAGUUUGUACCAUCCUUGUGGCAACCAGAUUCUCGUGUGCUCUAUUUGCGACUGAUUUUACUUUGUUGUUGAACUUUGAAGCAGUACAUGUGUAAUUCUUCCCUAGUAUACAUUACACCUGAUUUACGUUCAAAGACUGUAAAUGAUUUUCUGUUGCUUCCUGGGUAUCAGUCAAGAGACUAGAGAGGUCGGCUCUGUCUGUGAAAUGUCGCCAUUAAAUAUUUAGCUUUGUA